ACCCCGCCGGCUCGAUGAUGGUAAGCGGAAAUGUAAACAAACGCGCCCGAAUGUUUGCCCAAGUAUUAACGCAGCAGGCGAGAGUGCGGGCUCAGAACAAGCUCGGUAGAGAUUCUGCGAGAGUGAUGAUUUGGCGCUUUUUGACACCGCGCUGCUCAGCGAUGGGAUUCGGGAAUGGGUUACAACCCCUGAGGGAAUCCCAAACCAAGCAGGAAGCCAUUGCGCACCUCCCCCAGCAUGCCGCUUAAGCCUUUCGAAUCGCUCGACGGGAAGGUUUCGCACACACGACGCGGACGAGGAACGAACGCACCGGACCGACAACAGCCCCUGAAGCGGGAAUGAUGGCAACUCGUCGUCGUUGCUGCUGUUGCCGCCACAUCGCCAACAACGGUGUUUCUGUACCCAUUGCUUCCAGGCCAGGCUUCUGCUCCCGGCAGCACCCACAGACCCUCGCUCUAGUUCAGGUUUCACCGAGCAAUGGUAUCAGGUUUUUGCUGUCUUUCUUAUUUUAAUUUUUAUUACAUAAAGUAUGCAUGCGUGUGUGCGUGAUGCAGUUGUCGUUCGAGUUGAGCUGGCACGGUGGAACUUCCACCGGCACGAUGCGCGCAUCAUAAGCGACCGCGCAUACGCCCGGUAGCAUGGUGCGGAGGACAACGCUUCGGUGGCUCUGCUCCACCUGGAGGGCGUCACACGCACACACGCAUAGCGCCAACCGAUGUACCGAUGCUGGCGAAUUAUCAUAUCGGAGGCGAUGGCAUGGGGGUCAUCUGUUACAACGCGCCAGCAAGAUGACGGGGGAAGGUUAAUUCGCCUUUCACCAGCGCGUCAUACACGCACUCUUUUCGAUCUCGAUUGUGUGACCGCGAAAGAAUUGGACAUGGAUGUGUGUGUGUAUUCUUAGGCACGGGAAUGAUGGAUUGUGUGGCUGGUCUGGCCAGAAGUCGGAGGAGCCACGACACACGCACCAGCCACGACCACGAACGAACGGCGACCCGGUUUCGGCGGAAAGUGUUGCGGUCGAUUAGUCUGUGGUUUUGUGAAGCUGUUUGCAUGAGGGUUUAGGUGUUGUUUGUUGUGUCUUUCUCCCCGUUGGACAGCGGAAGUCAAGAACCUACCCGUCCCCGGGCAGGAGGUUGACCUUUGCAAUGGGAAGGAUUCCGAUGACUCCGUUGUUUGUGUAAUUGCGGAGUGAAGUUCAUCCUUAAAGUAAAUAUUCAUUCCAACUAGAACACUAAUGACACCGUUCACCGUUUUGUUAUCAGGCUGUGUGUUGUGACUUGGACGCUAGCUAGACGACACACGGUGUUGCUCCAGAGCGGUGUAAUGUUUCGCAAACAAUCGUAUCCGCUUCCAAGAAAGCUAGUAGUGUACUGUUGAUAGUGCAUCGUUCCUAUCGUUCGUGCUGCACAUCGGACGGUGGUUUGCGGACGCUCAAAGGCUUUCGGUGCGACAUUACGGACCAAAACAUGUGUACGAAACUCGAUGAAACGUGCCGACCGUGAGUAAUGUGGCGUGUUUUUGUGUUGUCCAAACGACGGAAGACUAAUGGAACAAUACCUGGAGAAAGAUGAAGCGAUGCCGCCGAUGCAGCAAAGAGACUCCCACUGCACCGGCGUCGAGACGUGGUAAAAGGUGCGAAAGAAAGCUGCUUGCAAACAGGAUUAAAGCAAAAGUACAUCAGUCUGAUCCGAUAACACUAAGAAAUAGCUGAAAUUCCUCAUCCAGCUCGCCGAUACCCAGACAUGCAAGCCUAGGAUGAACAGAAACGACUGAUGCUCCGAUAGGCACUUUCGUAUUAAUAACAGCUCAAAACAUGGCGUGAUGUGUCCCGUCCGGGUCCGGGAUAAUAUAUGGUCCGUGUCGCGGGUGUGGUUUGCGCUCCAAACUCUCGAUUUUCAAAUCUCCGUCCUGGAAUCGAAAGCCACAAGCCCGAGUGGGUUGAAAACGGGAGGGAAGCCGUUAAAAGGACCUAGAACAGAAGUCAAACCAGUAACCUCGAUAGUCACGAUAGCGAUCGAGUGAGACACACGACGCAUGCGACAAUUAAUCUUGUUCGUUUUCUAUUCGUCGCCUCUGACUUCUGCGUAGCGCUGGUAGAGAGCCUCAACUACCACGUAACCUUAGAAACGCAGCGCACAGGAAAUGGCAUCCCGAAACGCGCCCAAUAGUUUGAAGAUCGUGGCAGAAACGGACGUCACUCCAGGCGCUAUCUGUCGGGUGGAAGGAAAUUUCGGACGCUGUGUGCACUUCAAGAACGAUCCAAAGUAUCUGACGCUGCUGCUAAAGAGUACCCGCACGGAGCAGGAUGACUCAUACCUGCUGCGAUACGUUUGCGAUCGACGCAAGGGGUUAACGUGUCGGACUGGCUCGGUGAACGAUGAGGUUUGCGGUGUGCAGAUGGAUAACCGUAUCGUCGGUGGACAGCGCACGUCGAUCGAUCAGUACCCGUGGAUGGCGUUGCUGCAGUACAUCAACCAUCGCAAGGGCACGAAGCGGUUCGCCUGUGGAGGGGCACUGCUGAACCGGAAGUUUGUCCUCUCGGCGGCACACUGUUUCGUGCGGCUUCCUGCAGGUGUUGAGCUACACAAAGUGCGACUGGGCGAAUGGGACACCGAUUCCGAAAUUGACUGCGAAGAUUUGGAUGAUGAACUGUCCUGUGCAUCUCCGGUGCAAGACUUGGACUACGAGCGCAUCAUCAUCCACGAAGGUUACACCGGAAAUCACGCGGAUCGCGAAAAUGAUAUUGCACUGAUCGAAUUGAGCGGGUCGGCGAAGUACAACGACUUCGUAAAGCCUAUCUGCCUGCCCGAGCCGGGCACACCGAACAAAGAGAAGCUGUACUUUGGCAGCAUGUGGGCCGCUGGAUGGGGCCGAACGGAAACAGCUUCUGGAAGUCGCUUUAAGCUGUACGUACCGCUGGAUCUGUUCGAUCUGCAGUCUUGCAACGAGACGUACCAAAGGCGGGUGAAGGUUCCGCUCACCGAGACACAGUUCUGUGCGAUGGGAACUCCGGGGAAGGACACUUGUAAUGGAGAUUCCGGCGGUCCGCUGAUGAAGACGAUGAAAACGCUGCACUAUGUUGUUGGAGUUGUGAGUUUCGGGCCGCAAAGGUGUGGCAGCGGCAUCCCGGCUGUUUACACGCGCGUGGAUAAGUUCUACGACUGGAUCGUAGGUCAUAUGGUGGAGUUUGAGAAUUAAGUCAUGUAAGCUCGUUGCGAUUAAAGGUUAACUGCCGUGAUUCAAA